UAAGCGAUAGAAAAUUAAUGAAUGAAUAAACAAACAAACAAACAUUGUUUUGCAAUCUUCUUAAAAAAUCAGUCAAAAUCAAAGUUUUCUUUUUUAUUAUUAUUAUUUAUGGUAAUAAGAAUUUAAGUAAAUAAGUAAGUUCUAAAUAAUUCUGUCUACUGAUUUUCCACCAUCACAAAACUGGACAUCUUGCUAUUGUUUUAUCUCAAGACACAAAGCAUGAUCUUGCUGGAAAGGAGUGAAAAUGCAAUUUACAACAUUUAGGCUUCGAUACUGCUGAUUUAGUGACACCAGCAUUUCUGAAUAUAAAACAGAUACAGUACAAAAAUGUCUGCAAAAACUGGCUGCAUGAAUUAAAUGUAAUUUACAAAAUUUAAAACAACUAAUGAUAUGUUUCUGAACAAAUUUGUGCAAGAAUAAGUGUAUAAAUGACAUUUGGAAUAACAUUUAAUAACUGAAUGGUGGUGAUAUUAUUACAAAUUCAUAUCAAUAUCAAAAGUCAUGGCUUUCGGUUUAAUUGUUUCGAUGAAAUGCGAUUUUGUCUGUCAUCGUUUCUGCUUAUAGUUUAAUGGUAACGUUUUCUAGUAUCGGUUUAGACCAACACUUCUGUCCUGUCUGAAUGUGACACAGGGAUGAGCUUUAAAGAAGACCUCUUUUCUAGGUGUAAUGUUUUAUACCUGGUUUUAGUAAAGAAAAAGGUUUCCAACCACUUUAUUAACCUUAAAAUCUGUCUUUUUUUAAAUCUUAAUUUAAAAAAAAAGCUCUUAAUAAAGAAACAGCAACCGACAGCUAAAAUAAAUAAAUAAACAAACAAACAAACAAACAGUAACAUUGAUAUGAACCUGUUUUGAUCAACACAUUAUAGAAAUGUAACUAAAAACGGACAAAAACUCAAUAUUCUGUAUAAUUAGUGUUAUGUUUCAUCCAUUCGAUCUAUUUUUAUGUGUAACUCAGAAAUAUAAUAUAAUAUCUAAGCUUUUUUCCUCCCUCUGUUGGUAUUUUACGACCUUGUAGAGCUCGUAACUCGUAUUUACGGUAAUUCCGACAGAAACAGAUUUAGCUCGGGAGCGCGCACGAUCUUUGGUCAUAGCCGUAGCCUCAGGCAGUGGCCACUCGAAGUCUCGCGAGAUCCUACUGGACGAGAUUUUGAGAGGGGACUCAGGUGUAAGAGCGCAGCGCAGCGCGUGCAGGGAGACAGAUAAGCGCCACCGAGACACUGCAAGGCAUCCUCUCUGCACCGGGCUCUCAGAUCUCCUAAACUUCACACCACCGCGACCUGAGACUGCAAAACACACACACAGACACUGACACACAAACACACGCGCGCACACACACACACACACACACACACACACACACACACACACACACACACACACACACACAUACAUACAUGCACACACACACACACACACUCGUUGACACACAAGUACACACUCACACACACAGCAACCCUGGACCUGGAGCAGCAUCGUCCACUUUAUUUACAUCUUUAUUUAUUGAUGUUCACUUAGCCUGCAUGGCUUUUCAUUCAAAUUAUUAGUAUUUUUAUUUAUUUAUUUAUUUUUGUUUCUGCGCCUCGGCUGUGCACUUUAUUACUAUUUUUUUUUCGACAAAGAGGGAGAAACAAAACAGACAUCAUGAUGUCCAUGAACAGCAAACAACCUCAUUUCGCCAUGCAUCCGAGUUUACCCGAGCACAAAUACACUACUUUACACUCGAGCUCGGAAGCGAUCCGGAGAGCGUGUCUCCAAACUCCACAGUUACAGAGCAACAUCUUCGCGAGUCUGGACGAGACCCUGCUGGCGCGCGCCGAGGCCCUGGCGGCCGUGGACAUGGCGGUGUCGCAGGGCAAAGCGCACCCAUUCAAACCGGACGCCACGUACCACACGAUGAACAGCGUGCCGUGCUCGUCCACGUCCACGGUGCCCAUCGCGCCGCCGCACCAUCCGCACCACCACCACCACCACCAUCACCACCACCAGAACCUGGAACCACCGGACCUGAUGGAUCACAUCACCUCGCCUUCACUAACCCUGAUGAGCAGCGCGCACGAGGCCGGCGGAGGAGCUGGAGGAGGCGGCGGAGGAGGAGGUGGAGGCGGCGGUGGAGGUGGUGGAGGCGGAUUGAUCUCCACCUCGGCGCAUCCACACUCACACAUGCACGGCUUGAGCCAUCUCUCGCACCAGGCUGCUAUGAACAUCAACUCUCCGCUCGGACACCACCACCACCCGCACCAUCCACAUCCAGGGCUUUUACCCAGCCACCCCGGCAGCGCACAGGGCGCCUCCGGCCUUGUUCCUAAUGGACUUCCCUCUCUGCCCGACUCGGAUACGGACCCGCGCGAGCUCGAGGCGUUCGCCGAGCGCUUUAAACAACGGCGGAUCAAACUCGGUGUGACCCAAGCGGACGUGGGAGGCGCCCUGGCCAAUUUGAAAAUCCCUGGCGUGGGCUCGCUCAGUCAGAGCACCAUAUGUAGAUUCGAGUCUCUAACACUGUCCCACAACAACAUGAUAGCGCUUAAGCCCAUUCUUCAGGCCUGGCUCGAGGAGGCCGAGGGCGCGCAGCGCGAGAAAACGAACAAACCUGAGCUGUUUAACGGCGCCGAGAAGAAGCGCAAGCGCACAUCCAUCGCCGCGCCCGAGAAGCGCUCUCUCGAGGCGUACUUCGCCGUUCAGCCGCGACCCUCCAGCGAGAAAAUCGCGGCCAUCGCCGAGAAAUUGGACCUCAAAAAGAACGUGGUGCGCGUCUGGUUUUGCAACCAAAGACAAAAACAGAAACGGUUGAAAUUUUCAGCGGCGCACUGACGAUGCUGAUGCUGAUGGUGAUGAUGAUAACAGUGAUGAGGAUGAGGAUAUUUUUUGGACCAAGGGAUCUACAAACGUGUUUGUAGGUCUGCUCCGACCCGGUGGGGUUUUUCAUGAUCACUCAGAUUUAUGACUUUAUUAUAGUGGAUGAGACUUUACGUGACCCUCCUCGCGCCCUGAAUUCAUUUAAUAUGAUGAUAUUUAUCAUUUAUUUAUUUAUAUAUUUAUUUUCCCAUGAUGCUGGUGAAGUAUGCAAACUCCAGGUAAUCCAGACUUGCGGAGAACUUAAUGCCUUCUUCCCCCAAAACAUCGCAAGAAAUUCGGGUUCUUUCCUUUUCGUUUCAUUUCCUUUUUAAAAAAAAAAAAAACCAACUACAAAAAAAACCACACUUUUAUUUGAAACGUUUAAAUAGCCAUGGAAGGAUUACCUCAUACUCCAAACACGUUGUCCUGUAUUUAUUUAUUUAUUUAUUUAUUUAUUUAUUUAUUUAUUUAUUUAUUUAUAAGUUGAUUUAGUUAGAUAAUAUUUACGGAUUUUAAUUUAUUUCCUGGUUUGUGUGUUUGUAAUCGGGAGCUUUAAAAAGUAAUUUCUGAUGGAAAAGCAGAGUCAAAAUUAAAGGAGAGAGAGAGAGAGAGAGAGAGAGAGAGAGAGAGAGAGAGAGAGAGAGAGAGAGAGAGA